GAGAAGAAAGAGAAAGAGAAAGAGAAAGAGAAAGAAAGAUAGAGAGAUGGAAACGGAGAGAGAUGGAAAGAGAGAUAGAUCGGUAUAUAGAAAGAGAAACACGUUGUCUGAUUUGACAGAGGAAGAAAUAGAAAGAGCAAGAGAGAGAAAGAGAUUGGAGAGGGAGAGGGAGAUGGGUGAAAAUUAUUCUGUCUUGGAGAAACUGAAUCAUCUAAUGAUCAGUAAGGCCUGCAAUUUGACUGCAGAUCAGAUAGAUCAUAUCGACUCUUUUUACUAUCGGCUAAGAUUCCUAGCAAUCAUUCUCAAGGAUAUGGACGAGAAGCAGCAGCAGCAUGAGCUGAACCAUGAAGCUAAAAUCCUGCGGAUGCAAAUUUAUUAUGUGAUCUGCAAGACAAGACAACUUAUCCGUUCUUUUGAUGUUCAAGUUCCAGGGCAGAGGGACAGCAGCAACAACGGUGACAGUUUUUUUUGAAGAAAUUACUAUCAUGGAAGAGAUUAAGACGAUCGAAGCAAAAGUGGUACAAUUUUAUGGCCAGAUAAAUCAGAUCCAACUCCUACAAGAUGAUCAGUCUUUCAAUCAUGGAGUCCAUUCGUCAAUGUCAAUGUCAAUGGAGAACAGAACCAUGGUACAUGAAGAAAUUACAGUGGGCUUUGAUGAUGAGGCGUUGACUAUAAAACAGCUACUUGCUGGAGGGAAGAAGCAGCUACAAAUGAUAUCAAUUGUUGGGAUGCCCGGACUUGGUAAGACAACUUUAGCCACAAAACUGUACAAUGAUCCUUACAUCUCACACUACUUUCAUAUUCGUGCAUGGACCUAUGCUUCUCAAUUACCCAGAAUAACAGAUAUGUUGUUGGACAUUUUACGUUCUGUUAAUGUCGUCUUUACCGAUGAAAUUAAAAACAUGACCAAUGAGAAGCUAGGCGAAAAGUUGUACAAGCAAUUAAAAGGCAAGAGAUAUCUCAUUGUCAUUGAUGAUUUAUGGGAUAUUGGUGCCUGGGUCAAUCUUAAAAUGUAUUUCCCCAAUGACAACAAUGGAAGUAGAGUUAUGUUCACUAGUCGCCUCAAAGAGGUGGCUAUGCAUGCCUCACCUGACUGCCAUCGUCAUUGUCUGCGUUUUCUCACUGAAGAAGAGAGUUGGGAGUUAUUACAACGGAAGAUGUUUCAAAAUGAAAGUUGCCCUCCAGAACUGAUUGGAAUUGGGAAGCAAAUAAGGUUUGAUGGUCGAAUUAAAGCAUGUCGUAUGCAUGAUUUGUUGCGAGAUUUAUGCUUGAAGAAAGCCAGGGAAAUUAAUUUCCUACAGCAAGUUGAGAAUGAUAAAGACGCUUCUCCUUCUUCUUCAAGUAAUUGUGUAACAAAUAACCAACGCCGCCUGUGCACCCAUUCUAACUUCUUUCAAAAAUCUGAUUAUGUUUCCUCCAUGUCUUAUGCCCCAACAGUUGUUCAAUCGUUCUUGUGCUUCAGAAGUAAGUUAGAUCAUUAUCACGACAAUCGAUUUGGUGAUGUGUGCUCAUUUAUUUGUCAGACCUUCAAACUUCUCAAAGUGUUGGACAUAUGGUACAACAGUGCCUUUUUUUCAAGAGAACUAACACAACUUGUUAAUUUGAGGUAUUUGGCAAUUAAUCUGACAAUUGCCUAUGAAUUACCACCACCAAUAUCCAAUCUCUCAAACCUAGAAACACUUAUUAUUAUUUCUACAAACUAUGUAAAGGUUAUUCUGCCAUGUAAUGUUUGGAAGAUUCCAAAGUUGAGGCAUCUUUAUGCUAAAGGAGGAGCAAAAGUUGAUGUGUCUUUAUGUUCUGAAGAAGCAGCAGUGGAUCAGAGCUAUCCCCGUGUAUUAAAAGACCUACGAACCAUCACAGACUUAGAUCCAUGUGGAUCUGUUCAGGAUUUUUUGGCAAGAACUCCUUAUCUUACAAAGCUGGGAAUUUGUGUACAUCUUUUGUCUGCUUCGGGGAAUUUGAUGUUUCCUAAUCUAGAAUUUUUAGGACACCUCGACACUUUGAAGCUAUACCGUGAGUUCUUGCACUCAACCUAUCUCCGAGAGGUCAAGUUUCCUAGAAAUGUUAAAAGGCUAACCUUGAAAUGUACAAGGAUAAAGUGGGAGGAGAUAUCAGUCCUUGGGAUGUUGUUACCCAACCUUGAGCUUCUCAAAUUAGAAAAUGAUGCUGGCUGGGAAUGGCACUGGACAACAAUUGAUGGUGGUUUUCCUCGACUCAAAUUCUUGAAACUGAAGAACCUCAAAUUUGAGCGAUGGAUCACCUGCUACAGUCACUUUCCAAGCCUUCAACACUUAUCGUUGGAAAUGAUAGAAAAAUCCCGAGGAAAUACCAUCUAGUUUGGGGGAUAUACUCACUCUGCAGAUGAUUGAGGUAAACUAUUGUGGCUUCACUGUUGUGGAAUCUGUCAGGAAAAUUAAGGAAGAGCAAGAGAGCAUUGGAAAUAAUUGGCUCACAGUGCAGAUUAGGAAACAUGCGUGGGACCUUUGAAUCAAAGUGUAAUGAUACAACUUCUAAAGGUGGGAGAAGGAGAAAGAAAUUACCAACACAUGGAGGGGUGCAAGUGUCACUUGUACCCCACAAUCUUUUAUUUGCACCCCACAGACACACUUGCACCCUCCAUGUACUUAUAAUUUUUUCCCCCUUCUUCUACUUGUAUAUAAUUUCCCAAAACAUUAAGGAUCUUGAAAAAGUAAAUAAAAAAAUUAUCAAAAAUUAAAGUGUAUGGAGUAUGUGUAUGCUAAAAUUUGAUCACAACCAAUACUCUGAUAUUUCUCCUGAAAUUCUAGAAACACAGUCGUAGAACAUGCUGCCCAGAUCUAUGUUUACGCAAUUAGAAGAAUAACUAACCCGGUUGCUCAAGCACUACGAUGAUAAAGCCAGCAAGCUAAUAUCUCAAGAUAUUUUGACAGAGUAACGAUAACUCAAAAUAACACAUAAAUUCACGCACCUCUCACACGUGGGGGUGCCUGCUUUUAUAUAGAAGUGCCAUCCUCCUAGACUAGGAAGCAUGGAUAUGACGGAUAUGAUAUAAAGAUAUGAUACGAUACAUAUACGACAAUAUAGCAGAACCUAAAAAAAUAGAAUACGGGUACAAUUAUGAUACGCUUGUGAAAAAUAUAUUUUUUAAAAUUAUUAGUAGUGAGUUACACAAAAGCUAAAGAAUGUUGAGAAAUCCCAAUGUAAUUUUAUAAUGUAAAAUAUUAACCUUUAAAAAUUAGCUAUUAAUUUAAGCUAGUAGCUUGUUUACCUUUGGCUAAAAAUGUAAAACCAGUUUGAUAAUA